AAUGUUAAUGUGCCUUUACAAUAGUAUCCACCUCAUUGAACAUUCUGUAACGCAGGUUGUGUGAAUUCGUUACUCAUUCGUCAAAAUACGAUAAAAACAUGGUUUUCAACCGCAGCAGCCUGCUCCUUCUUCUCCUUGCAACCUUUGUAGCAACGGUUGUAUGUGAAUGCACUUCAGGAAAUAUUGAAAGUAAAAGUUUAGACCAAAUGGGUGAAACCGCUAAGAACGACGUGAAUGCGUUCCUCAAGAAACUGCUAACAAGUUACAAAGAUCUGGGCCCUGAGGCUAAGGCGAAGGUGGCUGCAAUCUCCAAAGCAAUGGAGGAGCAGAUGAAGCAAAUAGUGAAUAUCACUAAACUUGAUACGAAAAACACUGGCAAAGUCACGGGCAUUUUUGGAUAGGUACCUAGCAUGCGUCAAAACUAUGAAUACUUAGACUUCAUUUUGGAAAAAGGAACUAUUAUCUCUGGCUCACCGAUAAAAACACUUAUCUGCUUAGCAAAAUUAAAGGCACAAAACGAUGGCUGAAGAAGAGGACCACCUAACUACAAUUUUGGCGAAAAUGAGUUAGGGACAGUGCCUAUCAUUCUACAGUAUAAAAUAUGUACGCAAGCUGAUAUUUUUAGUUUUUUCCUAUUGCUCCUUAACCAUUGAUAAGUCGUGAAAUGAGUCAGAGAUAUGUAUUAAUUCUGUAUUGCAAACUGUAAUCCAUGCACAUCAGCCGUGCAGCCAACCUAUAACGGCAAGUUUGUAUCAUGGUUGGGAAUAGGAAUAAAGGGGAUGAGGGGGAUCGAUAUUGGAUCAAGUUUUUUUUUUACUAAAACAGUGGGAUAUUUAAAAUUCUAUAGUGGCUAAAUAGACUUGCAUACGGAAAAGAGUUUGUGUAUAAUUACAGAUGGUUUUAUAUUUCCAUUACUGGUUUUUCAUGAUAAAGAAAUUUUAAAUGAACAUUCAAA